GGCCCGAGAGAGAAAGAGAGUCGUGGUGGUCGCGGUCGCGGGCACGGACGCGGGAGCAACGGCCGCUUUCCUCGUGCCCUUGCUUCCUUCCUAACCUAACCAAGCAACCAGCCCUAACCGAUUGCCGUCUCCAUCCGCGUUCAUCCACCCAGGGCAUCCUUUGCCGCUAAGCAAGCCACACCUCGGGUUCGAGGCGGCGAGGGUUUGCGCGACGAGGAUGACUGUAAUGCUCUGGCCCCGGUGAUCUCUGCCGUUUCAGAUUGGGGAACUCGAUUUCGAUUUCGACCCCAGUGCUGGAUUCGUCGAUGGUGGGGGUGCUGUCGAAUCGGGUGGGCCGGGAGGCCCUCGCCGCCGGGGAUCACAUCUACUCGUGGAGAACCGCCUACAUCUACGCCCACCACGGGAUAUAUGCUGGAGAUGGAAUGGUCAUCCAUUUUACGAGAGCGGUUGGACAUGAAAUUGGGACAGGAACAUUCUUAGACAAGUUUCUGUUCAGCUCAUCGCCGACUACGGCGGAUGGCCCUCCUUGCGAGAAAUGUGGGCACCUCAUCAAGCCUCAGGGCGUCAUAAUGUCCUGUCUCGAUUGCUUCCUGGACGGGGGCAGUCUCUACCUCUUCGACUAUGCUGUGUCGCCCCCUUUCUUCCUCGCCAAAGCGCGUGGAGGAACGUGCACUAUGGCACUCUCUGACGCUGCUCAGCUUGUUGUCCACCGUGCCAAACACCUCCUCAACAAUGGCUUUGGCAUGUAUAGCCUGUUUAAGAACAACUGUGAGGACUUCGCGAUAUACUGCAAGACAGAGCUGCUCGUCGAGACUGCUUACAGCGUUGGGCGCAGUGGGCAGCUGGCGUCCCUGACGGCUGCGUUCAGUGCGGUGGCUUCUUCGCCGCUGCGUUUCCUGACAACUAGUGCUAGUGGUCUGGCAAUUGUGACAAGCGGCAUGUACUGCGUGGGGCGAUAUGUGUCAGACAUGGGUGUUCGCCGUGAUGUGAUCAAGGUGCCUGUGGAAAGGCUUGUAGAGCACUGGGUGAACAAUGUCACUCCUGCUCUUCCUCAAGGGGCCACCCAGGCGGAGACUGCAACACCAGGAGGCUUGCCUGAGCUACCAGAGGAAGGGGAGCUUGCUAAAACGGCAACACCAGGAGGCUCGCUGGAGCUACCAGGAGAAAGCGAGCUUGCUAAAACGGCAACACUAGGAGGCUCGCGGGAGCUACCAGGGGAAGGCGAGCUUGCUAAAAUGGCAACACCAGGAGGCUUGCCGGAGCUACCAAGGGAAAGCGAGCUUGCUAAAACGGCAACACCAGGAGGCUCGCUGGAGCUACCAGGCAAAGGGGGACUUGCUAAAAAGUAAAGUGUUAUUUAGCUGCGGUAUUGUCGUUCGUUGAUUUGGCUUUGUGAGGAUUGCUGCUCAAUUCCCUUAUCUGUGUGUUCCACGCAAUUCUUCAUGCAAAUUAAUCUACCUCUGAAAGAGGUUGGUCGAUCUGGGUGUGACGAUUUGCUGCUUAAUCCACUUAUUAAGCUUGUUGCCCGAACUUGUUCAUGUAAAUUAAUUUACCUCUGAAAGAAGUAGCAAUGCGUCCACUUUGCUUGUAUGUAAUGUUAUGAUGUAAGGUGCAAACUUCUAGCCAAGAUUUGUCUUGGCACAAAUUUGAAUCAAACCAUGUGAUGUCAUAUAUUUCUUGGUUCCA